UUUCGCUUGUGUGGUAUUAUUUAUUUUGGUGGGUUUCAUUUCACUGCCAGGAUUGUUGACAUCAAUAAUCAAACAUGGUAUAAUGAUGGAAUUGUUACAGGGAAUACUUCAACUUUAGAAGACCCUCUGAAAAUGGCACACCCUACUCUUCUCAACAAAGCACAUGGUAGAUUUAGCUCUGUGGCAAUCUACACUAAACUA